UCAAAACAAAAAUUUUGCAAUUGCUUCUCCGAGACAGAAAAUCUGGCUUUAUAGGUCAAUAUGCAGUUGGAUUAAUAAAAAUUUGUUAAUAUGCGUAGUCAAAUUAGUUGGAAGAAUAUUACAGGUCUUUUAACUUGUUAUGGGUUUUAGUUAUUGGCGUGUUGAGAACCGCAAGAACGGAAAAAGCUUGAGAAACAGAGCAAGUUGAUUAGAUGAAAGCAGAAAAGGCUAUUUUUGGAGGAAUAUGAAUAUGGGAUCAGUUGAAGAAACAAUGUAUAUGUAUAUUUAUAUGUUCGGUGUAUAUAUUAUGUAUAUAUGUGUACGUGAGAGAGAGAAAAGGUGUUGUAUUCGAAAUGGAAAACGACCUAGAAUGCGUGAAGCUUCCACCAUUGGUGAAUUCCUAUGGAAUAUGGGAAAGGUUGGAGGAUCCUGUAAAUGGCAGUAAAUUAUGGGAUUACUCAUUUCCCGUCUUGGAGAGUCUUCUAGUUAUUAUUUUCUUUUUCUGGCAACUCAUUUAUUUCAUGUUCAAGCGUUUCGGAGUCUCCAAUUUCACCGCCCAGAUUGCUGCUGGUCUGUUGCUGAGUAUUAUAGCUCUUUACAAGAGGGGCGGGCUUGAAGAAAUUCUGUUUCCUAAGGGCUAUAGAGAAAACGUAAUAGGCACAAUGGGUACAUUUGGGUACACAAUGUUCUGGUUUUUAAUGGGCGUGAAGAUGAAUUUAGGGUUAGUAGCAAGAACUGGAUGGAAAGCAUUGGCAAUUGGAUUUUGUUCAGUGAUUGGACCACUGUUUAUGUCUUUGGUGUUUUACCAUCGCGAAUUGAAAGUAACUAGUGGUUUCAACUCACCUACUGGCUUCAUCAUCUUCUUCCAAUGUACUUCACCAUUUCCAGUUAUUGCUGCUCUGAUCAUAGAUAUGAAAAUCCAAAACUCUGAACUGGGUCGACAUUCUCUUUCUUCAGUAUUUAUGAGUGAUCUUCUGGGUGUUUUUCUUUCCUUGUUGUUUCACUUUAUUCAAAAUGGUUUUAACAACAUCACACAUGCAGUCAUAGAUGUUGUAGCUAUUCUCCUCUUCAUGAUUUUCACUGUAUCCAUCUGGCGUCCUGCUAUGUAUUGGAUUAUUAAACGCACACCAGAAGGCAAGCCUGUCAAGACCAUUUACAUUUAUUUCAUUAUAGUUGCUGUUUUUGGUGCCGGUGCUUAUUGGGCAUUUUUUGAACAAUAUGUUCCUUUUGGUCCUUAUUUCUUGGGGUUAUUUCUUCCUGCUGGACCUCCUCUCGGCUCUGCAUUGAUCGAUAAGUUCGAGUGUCUUGUCACUGGUAGUUUGUUGCCUUUCUUUGUGGCUUCUUGUGCCAUGCAUGCUAACCUCAGCACUGCUGCAAAGUUGGAAGGAUUGACUAUCAUCCUUGUCACUUUUGCAGCUAAGUUUGUUGUAUGUCUUGUUUCUUGUCUGCUUUCCAAGAUGCCUUUGAGGGAUUCUAUUGCUCUCGCUCUUGUUAUAAAUCAUAAAGGCACUAUUGAGCUCUCUGCCUAUUCUUAUGGACUUCAGAUAGAGAUUAUCAGAGACGAACAUUUUUCCACAAUGACCCUUUACAUUUUGAUAAGCUCAUACAUCUUGCCUAUCUUGGUGAAGAUGGUGUAUGACCCCUCCAGAAAAUAUACUGGUUACCAGAAAAGAGAUAUAAUUCACUUGAAACCCAACUCAGAGCUAAGAAUCCUCGCCUGCAUCCACAGACCUGAUAACAUAGCCCCCAUGAUCAACCUCCUUGAAGCUUCAUGCCCAACAAAAGACAACCCCGUUGAUGUUUAUGUUCUUCAUCUUAUUGAGCUCAUAGGUCAGGCAUCUCCUCUCUUCAUCUCCCACCAAAUCCAAAAGAAGAAAGUUGGCACCAAGUCUUACUCAGAUAAUGUCAUCAUCUCCUUCAAUAAUUUCCAGAAAAAUUUCUGGGGUUUAGUUAGUGUUAGUACCUUCACUUCAAUCUCUUCCCUUGAAUGCAUGUAUGAGGACGCCUGCACACUUGCGCUUGACAAACUCACAUCCCUUAUCCUCCUCCCUUUCCAUCGAACAUGGUCCAUUGAUGGGUCCAUUGUGAUAUCAGACAACAACAUGAUAAGGAACCUAAAUUGUAGCGUCCUUGGAGUGGCGCCUUGCUCGGUUGGGAUCCUGGUUGAUCGAAGCCGCAUAGGACAAAAAGAGAAAUCAAUUGAUGAAUCUUACCAUGUGGGUAUGAUUUUCUUCGGCGGAGAAGACGAUAGAGAGGCUCUAACACUAGCCAAGCGCAUGUCUAAAGACUCCAGAUCGAAUUUGACUGUUAUUCAUUUUUUAUUAUCAUCAGGAGUUGUUGUUUCGGAUUGGAACUCCAUGCUUGAUUCCACACAUCUAAGAGAAUUCAAGCACAAUAGUGGUGGGCAAGGGUGUGGCAUGUACAUAGAGGAAACUGUGAAAGAUGCAUCAGAGACUGCAUUGGUUCUUAGAUCCAUGGUAGAUUACUAUGAUCUGUUUAUUGUUGGGAAAGGAGGAGGGAUGGGAACUCCUUUUACAGCAGGCCUUGACGAAUGGACUGAAUUCCCUGAGUUGGGUGUCAUAGGAGACUUGCUUUCGCAACCAGAUCUUGAUAGCAGAGCUUCAGUCUUAAUAGUGCAACACCAAAAGCAAAGCUUAUAGUACGCAUGCAUAGUCAGUUUCAUGUUUCUAAUUUUCUUCUUCUUCUGCUUCUUCUUCUAAGUGUAAGUUACAUGGGAAAAUUUCUUCAUGCUGCUAGUAUCUAGAUUACUCUCCAGCUUCUAGAACAGCUUAAAUAUGGUUUAGUUAGCAGAUACUAUGUUAUAUAUCAUUCAGUUUUGUAUUAUAAGAAUUAAUUUUAUAUAUUCACUGCAAAAUUAAAAUUC